AUGGCGAAUUUAGAUGCUAGUGCAGUUGCUCCCGAAGAUCGCGUGCGGUUUUAUAAGCUCAAGGUACAGUCGGUGUUUGAACGCGUAAAAAAGCUACAAUCCAAGGUCGAUUCAGAUGCUCUUGCCGAUCACAGUGACAGCACUCUAAAUGUUCUACUGGAGCAUAUCGACAAGCUAAGCCACUCCUUUAGCAAGGCCCAUGAAAGUCUAGAGGAGCUCGACUUUACUGAGAUGUCCAGCAAUUUGCGCACUGACUUUGAUGAUUUAAUAAUGGUCAUGCAGUCAACAAUAAUGUCCGAAGUGCAAAGUCGUACUGCUCAAGUGCAUCAUAGUUCCACGUUUAGCCGUCCAAGUGACCCUCCUCGCGCAUCCGCUCCCAGAUUGCAGGCUGCACCUGCGUUGCCGCCAUUAAAGCUACCUACGUUCAGCGGUGGAUAUGCUAAUUGGGCUGAUUUCUACUCAAUGUUUUCUACAAUCAUUGAAAGUCGGCCAGAAAUCAGCAAUAUGGAAAGACUUCAGCACCUCCGGUCCUGCCUCGAUGGCGCAGCGUUGGAUACGGUCUCAAAAAGAGUAGAAAACGGAUCCAUAAUCAAGCUGCGUGAGCUAUCUGACAGCUUCAAUGUCCAUAUGCGUGCGCUCAGUAGUCUGGGCACAACAGAGCAGAUAGCCAGUGCCAUGAUUGCUCAGAUACUGCUACAGAAGCUUGAUGAGGCCUCACAAGCUAAAUGGGAAGAGAAAUUGGACAACUCAGAGACGGCUCUUCAGAUACCCAGAUAUGAAGAAGUCUCCUCAUUUCUUGAGCUUCGUUGCCGUACUUUGGAAUCGAUGAAAUUUGCUCUUACAAACUAUUCGUCAA